AUGAACCAUAUGUUCGGAGAUUUGAGCACCAAGUACGAUAAUAUCGCAAGCCAUAUGAGACAUAUGGACAUUCAGAUAGCUCAGACUGCCGAGAGUGUCAAGAGGCAGCAAGGUACUCUACCUGGUAAAACAGACAAAAACCCCAAGGAGUGCAAUGCGGUUCAGCUAAGGAGCGGGAAACAACUUUCCGUGCCAAAAAAGAGGAGGUUCACCGCGGCUGAGAAAGGGAAGCAAAAAGAAACGGAACAACUGCCAGCCGAUCAGGCAGAUGAGAGGAAUACAGAACCAGCACUUGAAACAAGUUCGCUAGGGCCAGAACAACCAGCUGAAGCGGUGCGCCCGAUCCCAGAGGCUGUUCCUCCUCGCGAAUACAUUCCUAAGGUCCCUUACCCUGUUCCAAUAAGGACCACUUGUAAGGACAAAGAGGAAAUGAAGUGCAGGAAGAUGCUGGAGGACCUAACCGUGCGACUCCCCAUGAUGGAUGCAAUCCAGAAGAUGCCCUCCAUGCGCAGCUUUAUGAAGGGAUUGAUCUCAGGAAAAAUAUCAGAGGAGAGCGAGUUCAUGACGGUUUCCAAGGAGUGCAGCGCAGUGCUUCAGAACAGGCAGAUAAAGAAGCGAGGAGACCCCGGCAAAUUUGUCCUCUCAAUCCAGAUUGGAAAGACAGUUUUUGCAUGCUCCUUGGUUGACCUUGGGUCCAGCGUGAAUCUCAUGCAGGAUCUCCAAGUAAACGUCGGGAACACCUAUGUUCCAGCAGACUUCGUUGUUUUAGAACUGAAAGAAGAGUCUAAAGAUCCUCUCAUCUUGGGAAGACCAUUCUUAUGUACUGUUGGAGCCAUCAUUGAUGUGCGACAGGGGCAGAUUGAUUUGAAUCUUGGAGACAUAGUUAUGCAGUUCGAGAUGGAUGAGUUGCUAAAGAAGCCGAUGUUGGAUGGGCAGACCUUUGAUCCGCUCUAA